AUGUGGUGCCUGGAGCGGCUUCGCUCGGCUCCCGAGCGCCUCCUACGGGGCGGGAACGGGCUUCUCCCAGGGCUUGCUCGCCGAACCAGGGCCCGUACGCCCGCCGCGUGCGCAAACGUGCUCACUCCGGACCGCAUCCCCGAGUUCUGCAUCCCGCCGCGACUCGCGCCCAACCUGGCUUUGACUGCACUCCGGAACUCUUGGGGUGAAGAGAGUAGGAACGACGAGGCCACGGGCCGCACCGACUGGGACCCGCGCUCGCAGGCCGCGCUGUCGCUGCCGCACCUGCCCCGCGCGCGCACGGCCUACGGCUUCUGCGCGCUGCUCGAGAGUCCGCACACGCGCCGCAAGGAGUCGCUCUUCCUCGGAGGCCCCGGCGCCGCCGCGCUGCCGCGGCCGCCCCCCGCCCGGCCCGCGCCGCGUCCCCGGGCCCACACCUACGGCGGCGGCAGCGGCCCCCGAGCUCAGGACGCAGCCCCCGCCGCCACCCCCGUGGUCCCCGGCCGACCCCGCCGCCGCCGCCUCCUGCGCGCCCCCGACGGGCUGCUGAGCCGCGCGCUGCGGGCCCGGAGGUGUCGCGGCCUGGCGCGCGCCCGCUGCGUCUCCAGCGGGGACGAGGACGAGGAGCGCGGCGCCGGCUCGGAGGCCCCGGCCGCAGUCCCCGCCGCGUGCCUGUUGCCGCCACCGGGCCCGCGGCCCGAGCGCCUGAAGGCCGAGGGCACCGUGGCUCUGGGCCGCGCCGGCGGCGCCCUGCGCCUGGCCGCCGAGUACUGUCCGGCCAGCGGGCGCCUCUGCAUCCGGCUGCUCGGCGCCGAGGGCCUGGCCGGGGGCGGCCCCGAGCCCCGCGCCGUGGGCUGCCGCCUCAGCCUGGUCCUGCAGCCGCCGGGCACGACGCGCAAGCGGCGGAGCGCUGUGGGGGGACGCAGCCGCAAGGCCGCCUUCGACCAGGACUUCUGCUUCGACGGGCUCACCGAGGACGAGCUGCGCCGCCUGGCCGUGCGCGUCAAGGCCGAGGGCAAGGGCCGCGGCCUGGAGCGGGGCCGCCUGCUGGGCCAGGGCGAGCUGCCGCUGGGCUCCCUCCUGCUCCUCUGAGGGUUCGGGGCCCCUCGGGGCGCCUUCUCUCUGCCGGACACUCGGACGCUGACAGCCGCUUUGUACCAC